UCAACCCUCUCCUUUCCCUUUGCCCUUUUCUCCCGUUUUCCGAGAAACCUAUCGCUGCUAUCUCACGCGCCGCUGCAGGCCUCGCCGCCGGCAAUCGUGUUUACCCUUAUCUUCUUCCCUCUCCUUCGCUAUCAAAACCCCGAAAAAGGAAAAAAAAAUCGUAGCUUUAAUUUUCCCGGUUUGUUCUUCUGGUGUGUGGUUUCGAUUCUAGGGUUUUCUAUUUGCUUUUUACAGUGAUUACGACGAGAGGAGAGGGAAGAUCAUAGAAAACCCAAAAAAAGUUGAAAAAGAUUUAAAAAAGAAACAAAAAACAGCGAGAGUGUGUGUUUGUGUUUUUGUUUUUUGUUUUCGGUGAGAGAAAUGGCUCAGGUUCAGCUUCCGACACAGACAGCGAACGGUUCGAUCGCCGGGGCUCCUACGGCGGCGGCGGGUGCACAGUUUGGUACGACGUCGCUCUAUGUCGGGGAUCUGGAGGCAAACGUGACGGACUCGCAGCUUUUCGACGCCUUUGGGCAAGUGGGUCAGGUCGUUUCGGUUCGUGUCUGUCGGGAUUUGGCCACUCGGAGGUCGCUUGGUUAUGGAUACGUCAACUUCAGCAACCCACAAGAUGCUGCAAGAGCUAUCCAGGAACUGAAUUUCGCGACCCUUAAUGGAAAGUCCAUUAGGGUUAUGUUUUCACAUCGUGAUCCUAGUAUCCGUCGCAGUGGCCAAGGAAACAUUUUUAUCAAGAAUUUGGACAAGUCCAUUGACCACAAAGCGCUGCAUGAUACCUUUUCCGCAUUUGGGAACAUUCUCUCGUGCAAGGUGGCUACCGAUUCUUCAGGCGAAUCAAAAGGCUAUGGGUUUGUGCAAUAUGACAAUGAUGAAUCUGCCCAGAGAGCUAUAGAGCAGUUGAAUGGCAUGCUGCUGAAUGACAAGCAAGUGUAUGUGGGACCCUUCCUUAGGAGGCAAGAAAGAGAAUCCACUGCAAACAAGAUGAAAUUCACCAACGUGUAUGUGAAGAAUCUUGCAGAAUCCACAAAUGACGAUGACUUGAAGAGCAUUUUUGGUGAGUUUGGAAAGAUCACAAGUGCCGUGGUGAUGAAGGAUGGAGAUGGGAAGUCAAAGGGCUUCGGGUUUGUUAAUUUUGAGAGUGCUGAUGCUGCUGCUAGGGCUGUGGAGUCCCUCAAUGGAAAAACAUUUGAUGAAAAGGAGUGGUAUGUCGGUAGAGCUCAGAAGAAGUCUGAGAGGGAAAUGGAGCUGAGGCUUCGGUAUGAGCAGAAUAUUAAGGAAGCUGCAGAGAAGUUUCAAGGUUCAAACUUGUAUGUUAAGAAUUUGGAUGAUAGUGUUUCUGACGAAAAGCUUAAAGAACUCUUCUCUCCUUUUGGCACCAUUACAUCAUGCAAGGUGAUGCGGGACCCUAGUGGAGUUAGCAAAGGCUCAGGUUUUGUAGCUUUCACUACUCCUGAGGAGGCCACCAAAGCUAUGUCGGAGAUGACCGGUAGAAUGAUUGUAAGCAAGCCUCUAUAUGUUGCUAUUGCGCAGCGGAAGGAGGACAGAAGGGCCAGACUGCAGGCUCAGUUUGCUCAAUUGAGGCCGGUGAUGCCGCCAUCUGUCAGUCCUCGUAUGCCGAUGUAUCCCCCGACUGGUCCUGGCAUUGGACAACAGAUAUUCUAUGGUCAAGCUCCUCCCGCUAUGAUUCCUCCUCAGCCUGGGUUUGGCUUCCAGCAGCAGCUUGUUCCUGGAAUGAGGCCUGGUGGGGGACCUGUGCCCAACUUCUUCAUGCCAAUGGUUCAGCAACAGCAGCAACAACGCCCUGGAGGAAGACGCAGCGGCGGGAUUCAGCAGUCCCGCAGUCCCAUGAUUCAGCAACAGAUGCAUCCACGGGGUCGGAUGUACGGAUACCCACAAGGGCGAGGAGGAGGAGGCGGUGGUUCACUCCCCGAUGCCCCAACCAUGCCGGGAAUGCUUCCAUACGAAAUGGCCAACAUGUCAAUGCGUGAACCCGUGAUGUCUCAGCCUGCAGUACCCAUCGGAGCAUUGGCUUCAGCUCUGGCUAACGCUACACCCGAGCAGCAGAGAACGAUGCUGGGGGAGAAUCUGUAUCCGCUGGUGGAGAGAGUGGAGGGAGAAGCGGCAGCGAAGGUGACAGGGAUGCUGUUGGAGAUGGAUCAGACAGAAGUUCUCCAUUUGCUGGAAUCUCCAGAAGCUCUGAAGGCCAAAGUUGCAGAAGCUAUGGCCGUUCUUAGGAGUGUGUCCUCCUCCAUUGUUGCAGCGGACCAGCUCGCUUCAUUGUCCAUCAACGACAGCAACAACAUCGUUUCUUGAGGUUGUUUGGUUUGAAUCUUUCUGUCUGUCUUCGUCUUUUGUCGUGGGCUUGAUACAAAUUACAAGAGACGGAUUCUGAGAUUGUCGGCUUUGGAUAACCCCUUUUUUUUUCUGCCUUGUGGAAACUUGUUGCCCUUUCUUUUCUCUUUUUUCUGAAACUUGCGAUCUUGUUAUGGCUUGUGUUUUAUACUCUUUUUUCUUCUUCAUGAAUCUGUCCUUUUUAUUGAUU